AUGACGGGAGAAGGCACACUGUCGAAUGGGCAACCUGCGAAGAAUAGUACACUUCCAUGGGUGGAGAAGUACCGCCCCACUACACUUGAUGAUGUGGUGGCACAUGAAGAAAUCCUUGACACCACGCGUCGCUUGAUGAACAGUGGUAGCAUGCCACAUCUUCUUUUCUAUGGCCCACCAGGAACCGGCAAAACAACAACCAUUAAAGCGUGCGCUCAUCACCUAUUUGGAAAAGAGCGUCUGCGGGCCAACGUACUCGAGAUGAACGCGUCAGAUGAUCGCGGUAUUGAUGUUGUGCGUCAGCAGGUUAGGGAGUUUGCGAGCACAAGCUCUAUAUUUUUUCAAAACAACCCCGGAAACCAAACGGUAACGAAUUUCAAACUCGUUAUUCUUGAUGAGGCUGACCAGAUGUCCAGUGAUGCGCAGGCCGCCUUACGCCGCAUCAUUGAAAAAUUUACGAAAAACGUACGAUUCUGCAUAUUGUGCAAUCACAUCAACAAAAUCAUACCAGCCCUACAGUCGCGGUGCACGCGGUUUCGCUUCUCUCCUGUGAAAAAAUCAGCGAUGCUUCCCCGCCUGAAGUUAAUUGCCAGGGAAGAAGGUGUUCCCUUCACUGACGAGGGUUUGAUAUCUGCAUUUCGACUUAGUGAUGGCGAUAUGCGGCGUUGUUUGAAUACUAUGCAGGCCUCCUCUAUGUCAGCAGGGGAAAUUACAGAAGAGUCUGUGUAUCGCACAACUGGCAACCCAACACCUACGGAUGUGCGAGUAAUGGUGGGAGACAUGCUGUCGCAUAAUUACGCCACAUCAUGGGAGAAGGUGCAGCAGCUGGUAGUGGACAAGGGCGUGUCAACGGCAGAUCUGGUGAGGGAAGUGCACCUUAUCGUGAUGGCGAUGGAUCUCCCACAAGACUGUAAAUGUUUUCUUUUGAUAAAACUGGCGGAUGUGGAAUACUACGCAGCAGGUGGUACCCGGGAGAUGAUCAACAUUGGUGGGGUGCUUGGUGCAUUUCAAUUGGUGAAGGAAGCACUUACCCAAAAUAAACCUAUCUUUGAGCUCGCAGGUGGCCUGUGCUGA